AUACCAAUUUUGAGAGAGGGAAGAAAUAAAUUGUGGGGAUCUCUCGUGUUUGGGUACCCAAGAACAGAGUUGAAAUCCAUUCCCUUAUCUCUUGCUUCCAUUUCUUUCUUCAAUUCAAUUCAUCGCUCAUGAGUUCCCCACUUCAAAGAUGGUCUCUCAAUGGCUUCACUGCUCUCGUUACUGGCGGAACUCGAGGCAUUGGAUACGCCAUAGUUGAAGAACUUGCUUCACUUGGUGCAUCCGUACACACUUGUUCACGUAACCAAACAGAGAUUGACCAAAGGCUUCAGGAAUGGCAACAAAAAGGCUUCAAAGUUACUGCCUCUGUUUGUGAUCUCACUUCAUCUUCUCAGCGUCAGCAACUCAUUGACACUGUUUCUUCCAUCUUCAAUGGAACCCUUAACAUCCUUGUCAACAACGCAGGGACAGUGACAAUGAAAACAGCAACAGAGUACACAACUGAGGAUUACAAUUACAUGAUGAGUACAAAUUUCGAGGCGCCAUAUCAUCUCUCCCAAAUUUCUCAUCCAAUUUUGAAGGCUUCUGGCUAUGGAAGUAUUGUGUUUGUGUCGUCCAUUGCAGGAGUUACUGCUUUACCAAGAAUUUCAAUCUAUGCAGCAACGAAAGGGGCAAUCAACCAAAUAACGAAGAACUUGGCGUGUGAAUGGGCAAAGGAUAAUAUACGUAUCAACACGGUGGCGCCAUGGGGGGUUAGGACAACAAUUUCCACACCGGAUGCGGCGGCUGUGGAGGAGUAUGGGCGGUUGAUUGGGCGGACACCAGCGGGGCGACUUGGUGAGCCGGAGGAGAUAUCGUCGGUGGUGGCAUUUUUGUGUCUUCCUGCGGCUUCCUAUGUCAGUGGGCAGAUCAUUUGUGUGGACGGUGGCUACACUGCCGGUGGGUGGUAACUGGUAAGGCAAACAAACCUAUAGAAAAUUGCGAAGUCACCUAUUCAAUACACUAUGUAACUUUGUUGUGAAAGAGACAAAAAUAAACAAAACUUGGAAAUUGUGCAUGUGCAGACUCUGAUGUGUUAUUGAAUCAUAAACUUUGAAUGUAGACUCAUUUAAUAUUUAGAACAAAAAA